AUGCCAGGUUCCCUGCAACAUGGUUCUCCGGUGAGGCUGUGUGUGGGCCUCACAUGUGUCCUGUCCCUUUGGAACACAGUGUCUGCUCUUAAAGGAGAAGCCAGGAAGGAAAAUACUAUCACCUUCCUACCUAAAACAGCCUCCGGCUUCAGAGGAGAAGAAAGGAAGGGAAAGGGAGUGGCGUUUCUCGAUACCACAGAGCUGCCUGCCAGGUCAGUGGAUCUGUCGGCGCUUAACCUGACAGAGCUGGUGAAUGGGAUGCUGAGCAGAGCAUUAAAAGAUAGCAAGAAGUUCUUCUCCUUGCUGAGCGUUACUUCAUACAGUUCCUUCGCCUUCCACAAGUUUUCUGUGGCCAUCUACAACAUUUCUAACCUGAAGACGGUGGACCCAGCCAAAUUCCCCAUGCGGUACUGCUACUGUUUAAACAAUCGGACCAAUGACUUGUCAGAUUUCACAGCCCUACUGGUGGACAUCAUUGGCAAUUCUACCAGCUACCUCACAGAGAUUUUUAAGUCAACCUCCAUCCUCUCAGUGAGUCAGACGAGCGAAUCCGACUGCAUCUUCAUCUGCGUGAUGACAGGAAAGUCAGGAAGGAAUCUCUCUGACUUCUGGGAGAUGGCGGAGAAAUCUCCCGUUAUCAAUUACACAUUUACCAGCAGCGUGUCUAGUGUUCUGGGUGAGUCCACCACGGGGAUGGCCGUGACUUCAAAGCUCACAUCCACAAGCCAGCAAAUGCUACCAGGAACCAGCCGCCCAAGCCAAGCCCAGAGCACCCUAGUGUCUGCUCUGAGAACCUCUCCUGGGACAGAGACAACUCCUCCUUCAGAGGGAGAGCAGUUCGUGGACACAGAUAUGCCUCCUGAGCUUCACGCCAGCACCCUGGCCACCCUGGACAGUGCCUCUCCCACCCUCCUAGCCUUGGCUACCAGGAGGGUGGGCAGAACUCCACGGGUGACAGCCACCAGGCAGGCGUGGGCUUCCACACUACCCGUGCCCUGGGCUCAGACCACCGGUGAGAAAACACCUGGAGGGCCUCCCUGGGGAACUCUUUCCUCCACGCCAACAUCUUCUGCAGAGGCCCAGGAGGCCGAGAACACAAGGAGCCUUUCUGGGCCUCCUGCUAGGACAGCGGACACACCUGGCAGCCCUUCCCAGCCCAGCCCGACCUCAGGAACUCUCACCCCUGGCACACAGACUCCGAGUCCAACCAAGGCACCGGCCCCCAAAUAUCCACAGACAGGUGAUCCGUCUGCACCGUGGCCGGUGACCCCCGGAGAAGAGCCAGCCCUGGUCCCAGGACCCCACCAAGUGUCAAGGUGUCCUCAGCCAUUCCCCAAAGAGGAGGCCAUGACAGCUGCUCCUCUCACCCUGGUCAUCCAGAAGCUCAACCCUUGUCUGAUGGAGCUGUGCCGCUUUUUCCAACAAUGUCUCUGCAUGAGCCAGAGGACAGACCCCAGGAUGGAGGCCAUGAGGUACUGUCUUGAAUACUAUUCCUGGUUUCUGAAGAAUGCAACAUACAUCUGUCAGAGGGUGAAAAGGUUGUCCCACUCACGCACCUUAAAACAAAAAUGCCUUGAGAAUAUCUGCAAGUCCGUGUGA